ACAAGCCACAGUUUGGCAUGCUGACUGUACUUCGGUUGAAGAGACGACUACUCCAUCGCAAGUCGUUUCCAAAUUCCUGCCAUCAUGUGGCAUUUGGAGCACGGUGCGAGCAUGAUGUAAGCGGCAUUAUCGAACAACUUUCUCGAAAGCCUUCGAUCGCAUCUCCGACGACAGCAGAGCGAGGAUUCGCGUGCAGCCCAAUGUGUACAAGCCCAGCGCGACGCCGAGCCUGCCGGUAUGCUGGGCAAACUCUGUUGGCCGAGGAGUCGGGUCUUGGUUUGGGGUACACUCGCCACUUUCAUUGGCCGGAAUGCGAAGCGGCAAGCUAGAGUUGAAUAAAUCCCUCCCGCAAAACACAUGGCGUUCAUGGCAUUGCCUAAUUCAGCCACUUUCUGGUGCGCUCGCAUAUCACUGCCAUGGAGAUGGUACUUAUUAGCGGCAGAGCAGCCUUGGCAAUACGCAGGUACUGUCAUGAACCAAUGGACGCGACGCUCGCCCAGGUGAGAGUGCGCGCCGUAUAACAACCAUCACAGCCGCGCCCCCUGCUCUUGUGACUCUCCACGCGACUACGACAUUCGUUUGAAGAGGCGCUCAGAAUACACAUCACUGUUUACCCACCAACACAAAACACGAACACGCUACCCGAUAAUAACUAAUACCAUCAAUCAACAUGCGCUACCAACUCAUCGCCAUCGCGGCUGCCGCGACCGUGGCCUCUGCCAGCUACGCUCCUCCUGCCUAUGAGUCGACUCCAGCUGCGUACGAGCCAGCUCCUCCAGCCAAUGAGACACCGGCUCCAAAGUACCCAGUCUACACUCCAAGCAAGAACGAGACUACUCCAGCUCCUUAUCCAGAGCACGAGGAUGAGCACGAUGACUACACCAAGCCACCAACCUACUGCCCAGAUGACGAGGAGAAGCCACCCCACUACGGCCCAGUCGAGCCAUACCCAGAAGAGCCAGAGACUCACCCAACCGCUCCAGCUGAGACUCACCCAGCUGCUCCUACCUACCCAGCCGAGACUCACCCAGCUGCUGCUCCAACUUACCCAGCUGAGACCCACCCAGCUGCUGCUCCAACCUACCCAGCUUCUACUGUGACCGCACUCCCAGUGCCACAGCAGAACGCCACCCGCACUCACACCCCAGUGCAGUACACCGGCGCCGCAUCCAUCAACGGCGUCGCCACUGGCCUCACCGCCAUGUUCGCCGGUGUUGUCGCUCUUUUGCUGUAAACGACCCGAAACCUCGGGAUCUCAUUAUUCCUUUGAUCGCUAUCAUGUACAUGAGAGAAGAAUCGGAAGACUGAUGCUCUGUGGUUGACGGCAGUAGAGAGAACACGAGAAGAAAAGAGAACUGAUUUCAUGGAGAUACGCCUGGACAUGUCGCAACGUGUAUACCCCUUUUUCAAUACUGGUUUCCUGUACAUAUCUUUUUACUGAGAAUGCGGAAUUUGCCUCUGCUCACACGCGCUCAGGUCAGCGACGGGAAAUAAUUCAGUGCAAUCGAAGUCGCUGCGCACAAACAAUGACUCACUUCACUUUUGUUCAACGUAAUGCUGUUCGUUGGCGUCGGG